UUAAUCGAUUUUUUGGGUGAUAGUGAGUACCAAAACAUAAACAAAGUAUAAUGGACCCAUCAAUAAUUGAAUUUUUUGGUCAUCAAAGAUAGAAAAGAUUUGUUUUAUCAAAAUUUUAAAAGAAUGGAUUACAACAUCAGUAGAUUAUGUCGCGUUUGUUUGGAGGAAGGUGUUUUUACAUCGAUAUUCAAUACGGACUUGGUAGCGAUGGCUCCAGCAGAUAUGUUGGUGAUGUGUGCUAACAUCAAAGUAUCAAAAAAUGAUGGUCUUCCAACGACUAUAUGUAAUAAUUGUAUGUACCGAUUAGGGGUUGCGUUUCACUUGAAGCAGCAGUGUGAAAAUUCUGAUAUGAGACUGAGGCAAUACAUUGGACUGAUGACAGGAGUAUACUCCAACUCAAUGGAUAAGGAAACGAUGACGGACGAUUCAUGGAUGGUUACUUCGAAAAAAUCUGAUGAAGGAGAACGUAAAGUUACCAAAAAGAAAAGUGGACGCAGUAGAUACAAGCCUAAACCUCCAGAAGAUCGGAAAAAGCGGGGCCCAAAACCAGUACCAAAAAUUCCUCAAACCUGCUACCAAUGUCAUAAAACAUUCAAGUGUGCUGCACAGCUACAAAUGCAUUUAAGGACUCAUAGUGGAGAUAAACCUUUCGCAUGCAGCUAUUGUUCAAGAAGAUUUGCACAAAAGCAUAAUUUGUCAAUCCACAUAAGAACACAUACAGGUGAACGACCAUACCAAUGUGAAAUCUGCAGUAGGCAAUUCUCCGCUUUGGGAAACUUCCAGGCUCACAAAAAAAUCCAUUCCAAUCAGCGUGAUCACAUGUGCCCAUCGUGCAACAAAGCUUUCAUUACAUCCGGUGACCUGGCCCGUCACAUGGUGUCACAUUCUGGAAUCAAAAACUAUCACUGUGACAUUUGUGCCAAAAGCUUCAGUAGAAAUCGGGACAUGGUGGUGCACAAGAAAAAGGUUCACCUGAAUGACCGUACCACAGAGAACUACAAAUGCAACGAGUGCCAUAAAAUUUUCGCUACCUUAGACAGCUUAAAUGUCCACAUGCGUACUCAUAACUCGAUGCCAUCGACAUCGUUAAUGCCACCACCUCCUCCACAACCACAACCGCAAAUACAGCAACCUAUUGCCCUUGCACCACAUCACAGUUUGGGACCGGCUCCAUUGGGAGUCGGCCUCGGAAUGCUGCCUCACACGCAUACACAAGGCUCAUAUCAUACUCAAAUGCAUCCCGCGCAACGGUUACAUCCUUACUAAUCAUCACAGUAGAUAAUAAUAUUUAUUUUUCGGAUACAAAUAAAAGCAUACGAGUGAUUCAUAGUUUCAUAACAAUUAGAACUUUUAUUUCCUUCGUGAAAUCCUAACAUCAUUUAACAGAACAUUCCGAAGUUCAUGCAACGUUUCGUAUUCCUUACCAUCAUACGAGCUACCUAUCAACUUGUGGAAAGAAAGUAGGAGAAAAACCUAAGAAUCACUGUAAUUCGUGAGUGAUACUGGAAUCAAAGCAUUUUUGUAACUCAAGUUGCAGUUUUAAUGGAAGUGUUCUAUGUGCGUUCAGUAAGUGGAUACCUACACGCAUAUGGUGUAACUUUACUGUGAAUGAAAGUGCAUGUGUCGAUUCGGAGACCAAAUAAUGCUAGUAAAACUUAUUCGAACUCUACAGCUAAAUAAACUCUUAAUCGUAAAAGAUUUAAACUAAGUCAUAAUUUACUUACUUGUUUUCGAAACGGCUUAAAUCUAUUCUUUAGCUCUUUAAAGAUCUGUUGUAAUGGAGGCUCGUUGUUCAGAGAGA